GCCGGAAGUUCCUGAGCUGCGCACGCACAACAGAGAAUAGAUCAUCUGUUCAUCAAUACACAAAAAUAAACAAAAAAUACUGUCUUCUCUUUGUUUCCGUAACCUAUAUUUUGCUGUAUUUCGACAAACUCCGCUCCUGGCAUGAGCCAGUUGGUGGGAGGUGCCUAUGGCCGAUCAAGCUGAUUGCCUCAGUGGUGGGGGGAGUACAACACAAACAAGGAAAUACGGGGCCAAACACAGAGAAGUAAUCACAAGUCCAGGUAUAGCAAAGAGAACAAGAAGUCGUGACAGACAGUCCGAGGAGAAAGAUUUGGUCCCUAAGAAAGCCAAGUUCCAGUCAGAAUCUCCGUCCUCUAAGAAGAGGGCUGUUGGAAGUAACACAAACCAGAACAGAAACUCGAACCCAGCCGAGGGCAAGGCUGUUGUUGUAAAGAAGAGGGGGCGAUCAGCAAGCGGCACCAAGUCCAAAUCAGCACUCACCACGGUAUCAGAAACAGCUGCUGAUAGAAGACGGUCUAAAAGCGAGAGCAGUGUUCUCCAAAAAUCUCUGGCCCUAUCCCAAAGUGGGAUCUGUACAAGUUCGUCAUUUGACGAGAGAUCAAAAGUUUUGAAUUCUGUGCUACAUGAGAGUAUAAGUGAUAUCUCUAGUUCAUCCUGUUCAGUUAUUAAUCACAGUGUUGCAGGUAAGACAAGGAGAAAAAGUGGUUCAAAGUCAUCUGGUCAAGACUUAGUUAAGGCAGCUGACUCAAGCAGCAUAGCAGCUACAAACUGCUCUUCUAGAUCGUCAGUGCUGUCAGUGAAGUCUAGAAAGAGUAGUGGAUCUAGUGUUGUGUCACACGCUAGCAGUGACAGCCUCAUAGCAAACUGUGAGAAGUGUCGCAAAGAGAAAAAGUCCGGCAAGCGCAGGCCACGGUCAACAAGUUCUUGGACAGUGACUGAUUCAACAUCAGCUACCCAAUCACAAAGUAAUCUGUCAGAGACUUCCAAAGCGUCAAUCAAGCACUGCCUUCGGGCCAGCACGCAAGCCCAGUCACGGGCUGAGGUAGGAACAUAUCGGAUCUCACGAAAACGAACAAAGGCAACAGUUGCAUCACCAUAUUCAGACACAUUUGAACCAGCCACCAAGCUUCACAAACUUGACAAGCUGGUUGAUGUAAACUUUAUAUCUGAGAGAAAGAUUGACAAUAACACAAACCAAGAUAUUCAAGUUGAAAGCCUCCCGGCUUCAUUUUUAGUGACAGUACCAGGUACAAGUUACCCUAGAGUCAAAGACUCGUUAAGUGGAGAAAAGAAGUUAAAAGAGAAAAAGCGACGCAAGGAGAAGCGCAAGAAGAGCGAUCUUGGUGAAGGUCCCUCUGAGAGGAAAACAAACAGUUCAGUCCCGCCCGAGCCCAAGAGCUUACGGCGGAAACACAGGGCCAGGAAAACGGGCUCCUGUGCAAGUAGCAGUGGUCGGCAAUCCUCGACAGCAUCCAAACGCCACAGCAGCGGGGGAAGUUCACGGUCCAACACAGCAACAACAGCAGCAGCACCAGGUGUUGUUGGCAGUGCAGUGUUGCUGGACCCCAGUUGUAGCAACUUUAGCGGGGGACUGGCCUUACCACAGUCGACACUCAUGUCUGACGGUGAAAACUCGGUGCCGACCAGCACCGGGGGCGGCACCUCUAAAACCUCCCAGGAGGAGAACACACAGUCUACAGGUGUUGGUAGUGGAGCGGGUGGGGCGACAGCGAUGAUGUCUGAGAGUGAGACAGAGGAAGCCGAUGUGGGCAGGCUGCAGGCGUUACUGGAGGCACGAGGUCUGCCCUCCCAGCUGUUUGGGGCUCUAGGACCCAGAAUGCACCAGCUUCUCCAUAGAACCAUGGGCAGCAACAGCUCAAUGAACAAGGCCCAACAGCUUCUGCAGGGUAUCCAGGCCACAGGCAACGAGGACCAGCAGCUCUCCUCCGUCAUAGAGAUGUGCCAGAUGUUGGUCAUGGGUAACGAGGACACUCUGGCAGGUUUCCCGGUGAAGCAGGUCGUCCCUGCCCUCAUCUCCUUGCUGCAGAUGGAGCACAACUUUGACAUGAUGAACCAUGCCUGCCGAGCCCUCACAUAUAUGAUGGAGGCAUUGCCGAGAUCGUCAGCAGUUGUGGUGGAUGCCGUGCCUGUGUUUCUGGAAAAGCUGCAAGUGAUACAGUGUAUGGAUGUGGCAGAGCAGGCGCUGACGGCCCUUGAGUCACUCUCCCGCAAACACAGCAAGUCCAUUCUACAGGCAGGCGGUAUAGCAGCAUGCCUGAUGUACCUGGACUUCUUCAGCAUCAACGCCCAGCGCUGCGCCCUCGCUAUCACAGCCAACUGUGUACUCAACAUGACCAGUGAGGAGUUCCACUACAUAAGAGACUCAGUACCUAUGCUGAGCUCCAGGCUAUCACACCAGGACAAGCGUUCAGUGGAGAGUGUGUGUCUGUGUUUUGCCCGGCUGGUAGACAACUUCCAGAAUGACCGGCGUGUGCUGAAGGAGAUAGCUGUACAAGGCCUCCUCACAUACAUUCAACAACUGUUGGUGGUGAGCCCCCCGGUGAUCAGUACCGGCACGUUCGUCAUGGUGAUCCGGAUGUUGGCCAUCAUGUGUGGCAACUGCCCUGAUCUCGCCGUUGUCCUGCUCAGGCAGAAGGUAGCAGACACCCUGUGUUACUUGCUGGUGGGCACUUCAGAGGAGGCAUCCAAACAAAUAGAGCUGGUGUCCCGCACUCCACAGGAGCUGUACGAGAUCGUCUGUCUCAUUGGGGAGUUACUGCCAGUGUUGCCAGGAGACGGUAUAUUCUCUAUUGACGCCCUGAUGCGCAAGGGCUCCCUGACAAGCGUGGACGCUGUGUGCUGGCAGUGGAAGGAUGACCGAAACCUCUGGCAUAACUACUCCCCCAUCGACAGUAAGAUUAUAGAGGCUGCUCACCAGUCAGGCGAGGAUGAAGUGAGCCUGUCCACGUUUGGCCGGGCAUACACACUAGACUUCAACACAAUGCAACAAAUCAACGAAGACACCGGAACAGCCCGGGCAGUUCAACGUAAAACCAACCAGGCAGCCAACACAGCACAGGGUGGAGGUUCAGCAUCCGAGACAGACCUGGAGCGCUGUGACUCUCGGGCCGAGGUUUUACGAGAGGACUCGGAACUUGCCUCUGCCUUCAUUAAAACACUGUUUGCUGUACUCUAUGAGGUGUACAGCUCCUCGGCUGGGCCGACGGUGCGCCACAAGUGUCUACAAACCCUGCUGCGGAUGAUCUUCUUCAGCAGUAACGAUCUCCUCCAAGACGUACUCAAAUCUCAACCUGUCUCUAGUCACAUAGCUGCAAUGAUGGCGUCCCAGGAUCUGAAGGUCGUGGUCGGGGGAAUACAGAUGGCGGAAGUUCUCAUGCAAAAACUGCCAAACAUAUUCAAUGUCUUCUUCCAUCGGGAAGGUGUGAUGCAUCAAAUGAAGAAACUAAGUGAGAUGGAUCCCCAGGCCGUGACCCCUGUGAAGCCCCCUCAACCCCAGCCCUCACCUGUAGGGGCUGGCUCCCUGCUCAGUGUUACUUCAAGUGAUACAACAUGCAGUGCAGGGUCUGCUGAGACAGACCAGCGAGAGAGUGACUCCACCCACAGUGUGAGUGACUCUGGCGGCAACCACGCCUCACAACAAGCCCUUGACGACAGGGAUCAUGGUGCUACACAGAUGAGACUUAGUGAUGUAUUAAAACGAAAGAAGCCCCCUAAGCGACCAGCGCGUAAAGGAAGUAAGAAUGAGGAAAGUCCGGAGACGAGUGUGAAGUCGUCAAGCAAUCGUAGUAGGGGACGUCUCAACUCUAAGGAGAAGGGAAGUAGUGGGUCAUCGUCCAAAAUGUCUUUCUUGCCCAGUCUCAACCCGCGCAGCUGGGGUAAGCUGGGUGGGUCGUCAUCAUCAUCAUCUACAGAUCGACCACUACUGUCCAAGUAUUCGGUUGUGAAGCAGGCGCCACCUGCUGGCCCGAACAAUAAGGACAAGAUCAAGAUCUGGAUCAAACAGCAAGCCAUUCGGUUCCUGGAGCAGUACUUUAGUGAGGAAACGAAGCCUGGUUCCACUUCAGCCCUGUCUACCCUCAACAGGCUGUGUGCAGCCACUGACAGUCUCACAUUAGAGGAUGACUGUGGUCUGGAAUCGUUGACGGAGAUAUCUGUGAUAAUGCGCGACAGUGAUGUGUCCCCGUUCGAGGUGAUCCACAGUGGGCUCGUCAACAAACUCCUCCUCUAUCUGACCACCAUGGAGGGGGCGGUCCCGCGAGACGUCCGCAUUAGACGCUUCCUACAUGUCUUCCUUAACUGCCCGUCCCCAGACAUUGUGUACAUGAAGGAAGUGAAGGCCCCAGAUUUUGGGGAGCCAUGCAGCAUGCUGCCAUUGGUACAGAAGCUGAUGGCGUGUCUCCACCAGCUGGAGCAGUUCCAGGUCAAGGUCCAUGACCUCCCUGGGGGGUCAGCCACCUCGGGCCGGGGCUCCAACGCCCUCAAGUUUUUCAACACUCAUCAGUUGAAGUGCCUGCUGCAGAAGCACCCAUCCUGCACCAGCCUGAAGCAGUGGAAGGGUGGGCCCGUCAAGAUAGACCCCCUGGCCCUGGUACAAGCUAUAGAGAGAUACCUGAUUAUGCGAGGAUACGGACGUCUCAAGGAGGCGGACGAUGACGGGAGCGAUGAUGACUCUGAUGAAGACGUGGAUGAUACCAUGGCUGCAGUGUUCAUCAGUCAAGGCCAGGCCCGACACCGGCUAGAGUUCCUGAUUGGGGACCACGUGCUGCCAUACAACAUGACCGUGUAUCAGGCUAUCCGGCAGUACAGCAACUGUACAGACAGGGAGGGCAGUGAGACAGACACAGACUCUGAGAACCCUGUAGGACAUGCCAGCGUGUGGGUCCAGACACACACUAUAUGGUACCGGCCGGCACCAGAUGGCGAUGACUCCAUAGUAACAAGCCCUAAGAAGACCAAGUCAGAACAGAAGGCAGCCAAGACAAGCCAUAAGAAGAAGACCGAGGAACUCUGGACAGAUGGGAACUGCCCUGGUUUUGUGCCCGCCCUAAAUGCAUACCUAACCGACAAGCUCCCUGCGUUUGUAACAGUCCAGGACCCGUCAUUGGAUGUGAUUGCCCUGCUCCGAAUCCUGCAUGCCUUCAAUAGAUGCUGGGCAACUGUGUAUGAGGUGCCAUCCCACUUUGCAAAGCCUGUGUUACCGAAGCCCGAGUUUAUCAGCUCCAAGUUGAUGGCCAAGGCAAACCGCCAGCUUCAGGAUCCCCUUGUUAUCAUGACCGGCAACCUGCCCUCCUGGCUCGCCGAAAUAGCAGCUGCAGCGCCGUUCUUAUUCCCAUUUGACACGCGUCAGCUGCUGUUCUAUGCCACGACGUUUGACCGUGACCGAGCGCUAAUGAGACUACAAGACAACUCUGUGGAUAACUCAAGCAACGACAGCAGUGACAGGGUCGCACCCAGGCUAGACAAGAGAAAGCGUGUGGUGAAUCGAGUGGACCUGCUCAAGCAGGCAGAGAAAGUGAUGGAGGACCUGGCCUCCUCCCGCGCCAUGUUAGAGAUCCAGUACGAGAAUGAGGUUGGUACUGGUCUGGGUCCAACCCUAGAGUUCUACGCCCUUGUGUCUAAGGAGCUGCAGCGGUCUGAACUGGAGAUGUGGAGGGGAGAUGUGAUACAGGAGAAGGAUGCUUCAGGCAUUGAGACAGGUAACCAGUACAUGUACUCUCCCUGUGGACUGUUCCUGGUUCCGCUUGCCCGCAACACAAAGGCUGCCGUCGUAAACAAAAUUAAGACAAAGACAAAAUUUCUUGGCAAACUGAUGGCAAAGUCUCUCAUGGACUCCAGAAUGCUGGACAUCCCGUUGAGUGAGGUGUUCUUCAAGUGGCUGCUGGGCCAGGAACACAGCCUCACUUCCAGUGACCUCUCUCACCUUGACCCAGGACUGGCGCGAUCAUUCUCACAGCUGGAAGAUGUGCUUAGACAGAAACAACGCAUAAUGGCAGACAAGUCACAUACUGAGGAAAGUCGUCGCCUGGCGCUUGGCAGCCUGUCUUUGGAUGGGUGUAGUAUAGAAGACCUGGAUCUUGACUUCACGCUGCCUGGCUACCCGAACAUUGAGCUGAAGAAGGGGGGAAAGGAUCGCCAGGUAACCCUGGAAAACCUGGAGGAGUACCUGCAGCUUGUGACCCACUGGAGCUUGGUAGAGGGCGUGUCUCGACAGUUUGAGUCUCUGAGGGAGGGGUUCGAGUCUGUGUUCCCCGUGACCUCACUACAGAGCUUCUAUCCUGAGGAGUUGGAGCAACUGUUUUGUGGUAACAGUGCAGAGGUCUGGGAUGUGAAGACCCUGAUGGAGUGUUGUCGGCCGGACCACGGGUACAACCAUGACAGUCGGGCCGUACGAUUCCUGUACGAGGUUCUAGCCUCCUACUCCCCCGACGAGCAGAGACUCUUCCUUCAGUUUGUGACCGGAUCUCCCAAACUCCCAGUUGGAGGAUUCCGGAGUCUCAGCCCCGCUCUCACCAUCGUGAGGAAGAGCUUCGAGUCCACGGAAAACCCCGACAGCUUCCUGCCAUCUGUGAUGACCUGCGUCAACUAUCUCAAACUGCCCGACUAUUCUACAGUGGAGGUGAUGCGCGAAAAACUGGCCAUCGCUGCCAGGGAAGGACAACUCUCAUUCCACUUGUCAUGAUACGUCAUAUAUGUGUUUAGUGAAAUAAUCUCCUUUAGUUUAAAAAAUGCCAUUAAAUGCAUUUGCGUGGAGAAUGGACAAGAGGAAUUUCUGGACUAUCACACAGACAUUCAAGCAACAGGUGAUUGUUAGAUGUUGUCUACAAAUCUAAUUCUGUGACUUUAAGCUAUUGUGGAGGAGCUGCACACAUUAAGAAGUGAAUCUAGUGAAUAUAGAGUAUGUGAGUGGUGAAACUUGCAAGCCUGAACCGUAUAUGACCAUUUGGCUUCAGAUCGCUUUAAAGCAUCUUGGCCAGCUAUCUAGAAUUUAAUGGGUGGGGUUUUGGCUUGUGCUUAUUUAGGCCAUUGGACCUUCCGCAGAAGUUUAUCAGUAAGCAAUAGUUGGGAUUCAAAUACUGCAUCGUUGAAUGAGAAGUUUGUGGAGAUAGUGUUUGUACAAUGUUGUGAAUAGAUGGAGUUAUGUGUGAAAGUACUGUCGGUGUUAUUUAAAUGUAUCAGUUUGUAUUUAGUUUGGUCGACUGUUUAAUUUUUGAUGGCCUUCUCGGUUUCCUGUUAUGAUUCGGUUGAAAGUUUAUUGUAAAGGGUUAAAUAAUUUCCUUAUGUCUAUUUUACUGUACAUAAUAUUUAACUGUUGUUUAGGUAUCUGUGUAGUUAUGUUGUUUUGAAGUUGAUACAUAUUUGUGUUGUUUUGUAUCCAUGGCAACGUAAUGAUGAUAACUAGAAUGUUUGAGUGAUUAAGUCAGCAACAAAUAUUGCAAAUAUAAGUAGGAUUAAAUGUUCUAUGAAUUACUAGUUAAUAAUGUUUCUAACUUAACCACUGGAUGUGAAUAAUUGUUCUCUUUUCUAAGCUGCAGUAUACAUUGUGUUUUUUUUCAUUUCCCUCCAAAUUUUCAAAGCGAACUAAUGAACAAGUUUUUCAUUAUCAUGUUUCAAACUUCUGAGAUGGUAUCAUUUACAGGUUGAUAACAAGAUUGCUGCAAUGAAUUUUAGCUUAUUUAGUUUUUCGAAAAAGACAAUGUGGAGGUUUUGGGUGUCAUUUUGGUGCAUUGUAGAGCAAAAACUAACCCUGGCCAUAACUAAACAAUCUUCUAGGAUUUGCAAUCAAAACUUGGUACACAUGUUUCUAGAGACAGUACACUCAUGUACAGCAAGGCCCAUUACUCUUGCUUUGACAAUGGUCACGUAAUUCUCCUUGGUUGACUUAAGAAAUCAAAUGAACAUUUGCGAACUAAUCAGUGCUUUUGCAGUGAUUUUUUUAUGCAAUUCACUGCCUUCUAAAGGCUUUUUCCCCUUGCGAAAAAUUGUCCAUUUUUCCUAAAUUUUAUAAAAAAAUUCCCAAUCUGAUAAAUGCAGAUGACAUUCAUGAUCAAAAAGGCAAUAAAUGUCUUGAAAUAUGUAUAAACAAAUCUUGACAAGACUAACACUUUCACAGCAUAAUGUAUGCAUAAACAAGUUAAAACUUGUAUAUUUGCCAUUAUAUUUGCUAUUUUGGCCUGAUAUUGUAUUUUUCCCGAAGUCAACUUUUUUCACAAUUUGCAAGGUACAGGCAGAAGAAUAAAUUCACAAAAAAACACUGUCUUGUAUAUCCUUAAAUCAAACAAACAUUGCCCUUCGCUUGAACAUUGGACUUCCCCUGAACAUUGCCCUUCGCUUGAACAUUGCUUCAACAUUGGCCUUCAUGUGGCGGUGCUCUUGUAUAUCCUAAAAUCAGAUCAUUUUGCUUUGCACCUUUGACAAGUAUUUUAGGUUUCCAUUCUCAAGGUCAUUUGAAUUCAUACAAUGAUCAAGAAAGCUGCAUAAUUCUUAAACAUGUCAAGUUUUGAGCAUUGUUCACAUGUCAUAAUUCAUCAUUUGGUCUAAUAUUUUUUGUUUUUAUAUUAUUUUUUCUGAUUGAUUUUUUGUGUUCAUAUUUUUGGCAUUUGUUUUAUGUUUAACCUUCUGUUGGUACUAUAUUAAUGACAUUGACAAGUAAAAACAACUGUUAUCUCUGCCAAUAGCCGAUACCUUGUGUGCGUGUGUGUGUGUGACAUUAUAGGAGAGACACCUCUUCCAUUACAAUGCAUUUCCAUUCAUGUUCCAUUUAAUGUUCUACUAAAAUGUAGUAAUUUCUUUGGAAUAUCUUCUCUUUAUCCUUUAAUGUGACUUUAAUCCAACAAAAACAUUUUCUGUGUACAAUAAAAAGUCAAUGUUAUAAAAAUAAAGCAGCCUUACAUUAGUUUGGCAAUCAGAUAUGAGCUUAAACUGGAUCGAAUGGUUGACUGAAAACAUAAACCCAUAAAUUCCAUAUUAAUUUAGAUUUUUCAAAGGAAAGUGAACGCUCCAGAGAAUGCUUCAUGUGUUUAUCAUUAAGAGUUUGCAAUACACUGCUUGUAUGGGUUUGUGUGUUCGUGUGGACUACUUCUUGUGCACUAUGUCAUCCAGGUACAUGUUGGUGCACAUUGCACUAGUUUAUAAUUGCUAGUGCAAGGAAGGUGGUGUGUAUGAAUGUGCUUACAAGUACAUGUGUACACUCCCCAGUAAUGUUGACAUGCUCGGUGUACAUGUAGCUACACAGAACAGGUACAUGUACAGCUGGUGUAUGUGUGUGUGAAUGGGCCUACAAGUACAUGUGAACACUUUCCUGUAAUGUUGACAUGCUCGGUGUACAUGUAGCUACACAGAACAGGUACACAUACAUCUGGUGUGUGUGUGUGUGUGUGUGUGUGUGUGUGUGGAUGUGCUUACAAGUACACGUGUACACUCGCCUGUAAUGUUGACAUGCUCGGUGUACACGUAGCUUCACAGAACAGGUACACGUACAUCUGGUGUAUGUGUGUAUGAAUGGGCCUACAAGUACACGUGUACACUCCCCUGCACUGUUGAAAUGCUCGGUGUACACGUAGCUACACAGAACAGGUACAUGUACAGGUGGUGUAUGUGUGUAUGAAUGGGCCUACAAGUACACGGUUACACUUCCUAGCAAUGUUGACAUGCUCAGUGGACACAUAGCUACACAGAACAGGUACAUGUACAGGUGGUGUAUUGCAACCUCUCCAUUUUAUCACGCUAAUGCUGUACUUGAUAACCUAUUGUAUAUCACAUCCUGUUAACACUUUCUUUUGACACUUUUCUGGCUGAUAGUUGAAGGCUAUAUGUUACCAUGUGCAGUUUACGAAACGAUAUUUAAUAAAACUUCAAGAUUUG